AUGAAAAAAGGAUCUAAAAGCAAUUCUAUAUCAUAUACAACUCGUUCCACCACAAAAAAAGGAAGUAUAAAUGACUUAGAAAUGUGUAACUAAAAUAUAAAUUAAAAGUCCCCUCCAAACAGCGCUUAACUCUAAGCUAUUAAAUCUAAUAAAAUAGGCUAAAAUAUGAUUAACUAAAACGAGUAAAAUUAUCUCUCCAAUUUGGUUUUACCUGUAGAUUUUAACAAUUCUCAAGUUAUUCUCCAAACCUAAAAUUUUCUAUACAAAACCUAUCCCAAAAAUAGCACUGAAACUUGUGAAUCAUAAUAAAGUGAAAAUAGCAAUCAAUAAGUAUAUAAGCCUUUUGCAAACUCUCUUUUCAUGUUUGACAAAAAAAAUAAAUCAAAUCCUUUAAUGGAGAAGCAUCCAGAUAAUGCCUUAAAUGAUUAAAGCAACAGGCAGAGAGAAUCUAUUUCUUCUUAAAGAGCAUCGAUAGUAUCUCAAAAUUUAUCUUAUAAUAGCAAUUUGAGUCCGUCAAUCUCUCAUUUCACUCAAAGUGCAUAUUCAGCAAGCUUAUAAAGCUCCUCUCCAAAGAGAUUUAGCUUAAAUUUAUAUAAAUGCUCAGCAGAAGCAUCUUAAAAUCCAAUUAAAAUUUUUUGUAAACUUGAAUAACAAAUGCAGUCAAGCAUUAUUCUAAAUCCAUCUUCGUAAAUUUAACACAAUAACGCUUAAUAAGGCAUUCAUGGUGAACAUUAUGAGGCAAGUAGUUCAUAUGAAUGCUACAGUCCGACAAAUAACACUUUUGAUAAAUCACCUCAAAAUCUUAACAUUAAGAACGAAAAUUAAAAGAAUAUUUUUGGUAAUUCUCAACAGCUAUAAUUAAAAAAAUCAGAAAGUGAGCAAAUCUAUGAAGCUUCAAAUGAAAGCGAAGGGUCAUAUUAAAGUAACUCUGAUCAAAGUAGCAUAAACACUCCUGACAUCUCAGUCAGCAGUAGUGAAAAUUAAAGUGAUUAAAAUCAAUCGCCAAACAAAUAUUUUAGAACAGAUAAAACAAAAAUCAACCCUCUUGCCUUAGCUCCAAGUACUGCUAUUGUUGGUCACAAUCUAUCAACUACUGCAGCCAAUUAAAUGAUAAACGCUUUUGAUUCAAUCCUUAAAUAAAAUUAGAACCACAACUCAAUAAAUCCACUAUCAAAUUUUGUCUCACGAAUAUUUUAGUCAGUAGUUAAAUGA